UCCACAGGCACCAACUGCAGCAGAGGAUCUGUCGAGAGUCUUGUUAUGCAAGCAGGAAGGGAGCAGUCCCACUUUGGUCCAGGCAUCGGACGGAGGCUGGGACGCUCCCGUCCAUCCGAGCCGGAGGCUGCUGUGUGCCGGCCAAUCGGUGAAUUAGCAUAACGGGGCGAGCGCCGCACCGUGCCGUGCAGCGGGCGGUCACGAGAGGGACGGACUGACGGACAGCUGCUCAUCACGCCGGCUCCCACUGCACUUGUUAGCGCGCCGCUAAGUUUUUGUCAGCCUCAAUUUGGGCCUCAGACCCGUGACUGUCACCAACCAUGAGCGGUGGAGUGAACAUCAAAGUCAUAUCUCAGAGUCGGAGCGACGCGGGCGGCGGCGGCUCCAGUCUGCCUCUCCCUCGAAGUAUGAUGCCUCUCUCCAAGGUGGGACCCAAACCACAACAAUACGGCGGCACCCCCAGCCCCACGGGGCAGUGUCAGCACGCCGCCAGGCGACAGCCUUCCUCCUCUCCAUCUGCGGCGUCGACUGUGGAGCCGCUGAGAGGCGCCGCUCUGAAGAACCACCUGCUGCAGCAAAAAGGCGGCGCGCAUUCCCACAGAAGCCCGGCGGCGACAGAGCGAACGGACGGAACCUGCUCGGCGUACAGCAGCCCCCAGGUACCCAAGAGGGAAGCCCGGCGCUCCAAAGACACGCUGGACCUCCGGGCCAGCACGCUGAACCAGACGGCGUUGCGAGACCUCCACUUGAGGACCGCCAACAAGAACUGGACCUUCGGAAAAUACCGACUGAAGAGUGUGGACAAUGCGGCCGAGGGGGACGCCUUGUGCCGGCUCUCUGCCGAUGUCCAGCAGGGGCACGGGCGAGGACGUCUCUUUGAUGCCAAAGGGGCGAAUGGGAAUGAGCUGCCGGGUGUGUCUUCCUCCGGGAUGGCCGAUGUCCAAAAAGAGGCGAGGAAUAUCUCCAACCAGCACCUGGGAGCUUCCGAGAGGGGCGUGGUCAGCGGCAAAUCCAAGUCUUCUCAUGACACGUUCAACAUGAAACGCAGAGGGAGCGAGCCGAGACAAGUCAACAUGGCCGCUGUCGCUCCCUUCAGGUUCAGGUGUCAGGUCCACGAGGACACAGGCCCCGCCCUCGAUGAGCUCAGUGACUGCUCCUCUGACUCCAUGGAGGUCUGCUGUGAGGAGCUCGACCCCGAGUCUCAGAGGAAGCGGACCGUGCAGAACGUCCUUGACCUCCGCCAGAAUUUGGAGGACACGAUGUCGAGUCUGCGAGGCUCUCAGCUCAGUCAUAGCUGCGUGGACAGCGGCAACGUGGGCUACGACAGCGACGAGACCAACGCUCGCAGCGUGUCCAGCCUGUCCAACCGCUCGUCGCCGCUCUCCUGGCGCCACGGCCAGUCCAGCCCUCGUCUGCAGGCGGGCGACGCCCCCUCCUCCACGGGCGGCGGGUACAGGGGCGGCAGCAGGGCCGGCUCCCAGUACGCCGCCCAGACGGCGCCGGCCCGCUGCUCCGGCCGCCUCGUCGGCACGUCUCGCGUCGAGCUCAUCGAAGGGCUGGAGGACGGCGACCUCAAGUCCGGUUACCUGAGCGACGGCGACCUUCUGGGAAAGAGCCUGCCGGAUGACGACGACGACAACCUGGCCAACGGGUGGGACGAGAGCAGCUCCAUCAGCAGCGGGCUCAGCGACGGCGAAGGCGAUGGCUCGGAGAACCUCAGUUCGGAGGAGUUCAACGUCAGCUCCUCCCUUAACUCCCUCCCGACCACGCCCCUGGGAUCCAGACGCAGCUCCUCUGUUAUGCUUCGCACCGACGCAGAGAAGCGCUCCCUGGUGGAGAGCGGACUUUCGUGGUACAGCGAGGACGGCAAGGCCCCCCACAAGCUCGACAGCUGCAGCAGCUACGAAACGGGGAGCCUCAAGACGGAGGCCCCGAGCAAGUGGAGGAAGAAGCCUCCGAGCCUCGGGGAAGAGCCGGCGGGCAAAGGAGAACUGAGGAAGCCUCAGAGCUUGGGUCCUCCGGGCAGUUUCAGGAAGGGCCGCAAUCCUCCCAUCGGCGUGACCUCCCCCAUCACCCAUACCUCUCAGAGCACUUUGAAAGUGGCAGCACCUAAAAGUGAGAAGCCACAGGAUAAAUCCAGGAUCUCCCUCAAAACCGCUAGUCUGCAACGGUCCCGUUCGGACGCCGGAAGGGACCAUCAAGGAGAGCACCGCAAGCCCCCGUCAGGUUUAGCGAAACCCGCGGCCGGCGCCUCCUUCGGCUACAAGAGGCCACCGACGGCCACCGGUACCGCCACUGUGAUGACAGCAGGGGGCGCCACCAUCUCCAGUGGCUCUGCGACUGUGGACAAAAUCCCCAGGUCUUCUGGCAUCCCCAUGAAGCCCGUGGGAGGAGGGACGCCCUCGGGGGGUCGGAAGAACAGUUUCGAUGCCAGCAGCGAGCAGAGCUUCCUGGGGCCCAACGCCCGAAACGGCAUUCAGUACCGCAGCCUGCCUCGACCGGCCAAGUCCAGCACGUUCAGCGUGAUCGGUCGCUCUGCGGCUCGGCCCAUUGACCCCGGUCUGUUGACUCUGAAAGCCGUGCCCGUGUCCUCCACGGGGCCCCGGAUGAAAGAGCCCGGUAGCUGUAAGACGUCGAAUCGAGCGAGCGCAGGCCCGGUGAACAUGACGGACCGGGAGAAGGAGAAGGAGAGAGCCAAGGCCAAGGCGGACCUGGACUGUGGCUCUCUGAAGGGAGAGUCCACGGGGGGCGAGUCCACGAUGAAGCUGCCCGGCUUGAGACGGACCAGCAGCGGCAAAUACCCCGAACUGUCCUCGCCCACCACACCAAGGUGUCGCAUGAUGCUGAACACUAAGUCUCUGGGUCGUCCACCCAGCUUGGCCCACCAGGACACGGUCAACUGCAACAAUCUGGAUUACUGUGUGACCCUCCAGGACCUCCCGCCCAAAGUCCCCCCUUACUCCAAGCUGCAGGACCUCGCUGCGUCCCACACCUCCUCCCGCCUCACCAUGAGCCCAGCGCCGGUGCUCCACAUCGAUUCCCCCGGCUCCUACACCAGCGAGAGCCUGAGUCUCGGCGGAUCGCCCCUGCUCUACCCCAAGCUGUCUGGCAUGCACCGCAGCAUGGAGUCCCUGCCGCUCCACAUGAGCGUGCCGUCCAGUGCGACGUUUGUCCGAACUGAGAUGCAUGACAAGGAUGAGAGUGGUGCGGGAACCUGGGGAGCCGGCAGCAGGACGUCCCUCAACCUCACAGACAGCUUGCAAGCCGACAGAAACACCUUGCCGAAGAAAGGCUUAGAACGCUACGGCUCAAGCCUGUCGGACAGCGACGGCCAACCGGGGAGACGCCACUCCCACAACAUAGUGAGCAUGGCCGAGAGCGAGAGCCCCCCCCAGCUGCCGUCUCCCACCCGCUCGCUCCUCCUCCCCUCCUCGGGCAAGGCUCCCCUCACCAACGUGGUUGCCCCGAUUUCCUGCGGCACCCCGAGGAUCUCGCGCUCCAACAGCAUCGGCCCACCCAGCGAGUCGGACUGCGAUCUCUAUGGCUCCUCCCCCCUGGGCAGCAGCAUGUCCCUGGCCGACCGGCCGAAAAGCAUGAUGCGCUGCGGGUCUUUCCGGGAACCGGGGGAUGACGUGCAUGGCUCCGUGCUCUCUUUGGCGUCCAACACUUCAUCCAACCAUUCCUCGCAAAUCCGCAAGUUGAGGCGAGAGCUGGAGUCCUCCCAGGAAAAGGUUGCCGACUUGACCAUGCAGCUCAGUGCCAACGCUAAUCUGGUAGCAGCUUUUGAACAGAGCUUGGCGCUGAUGACGGCACGCCUGCAGACCCUGUCGGUCUCCUCGGACCAAAAGAUUGAUAUGUUCCAUCUUCAGGACUCCGAGCUCACGGAGCUGAAGGACACCAUCGAGGUUCUGAGGGUCAAAAGCACAGAGGCCCAAGAAAUCAUUCACGGGGCUCUCAGCACGCCGGAGAUCGAGCCGAAAGAACCGCUGAUCAAUCGGCAGAACUCGUCCGAAAGCAUCUCCAGCCUCACCAGCAACACCAGCCACUCGAGUAUCGGUAGUCUGAAAGAGCAGGAGGCCAAGAAGAAGAAGAAGAAGAGCUGGUUACGCAGCUCCUUCAACAAGGCCUUCAGUAAGAAGGGCUCCAAGCAGUCGGGGCCGUAUGCUGACAUUGAGGAGAUUUCCACCCCAGAAUCCUCUGCACCUUCCUCCCCUCGAGUCCACCACCUUGGGAACCACCCUCAGUUGUCAAUGAAAUCCUCUUCAUCAUCAGGGCUCUGUGAGGAAGACGACGAGGCGGGCGAUGAUAAGGUCGUAACAGAACUGCGUACCGAGCUGUGGGCGAAGGAGCGCAAACUGACGGACGUCCGCCUGGAGGCUCUGAGCUCCGCCCAUCAGCUGGAGCAGCUGCAGGACGCCAUGGACAACAUGCAGUCAAAAGUGGAGAACCUGAAGGCCGAGAACGACCACCUGAAGACAGGCACCCUGUCCCCCUGUCCAUCCCCCGGACCCUCCAGCUCCGUGUCCCAGUCCUCGGGCCUCACUGCUCUGGGAAGCUCGUCGCCUCGGCAGUCCGUAGCCAUGCACAUGCCCAAGAGCUACAGCAGGGGGCCGAGCGAGAGCAGCAGCUCAGACGUCUUCUUUGCAGACUCUCCCAGUCUUUCCUCGCAGAGGGACGACCACCGUGUCCGGGUGGUGAUUUGCGUCGCAGACUUACACGUCUUCAAAGACGAGGUCAAACAGCAGGACUUCUUCGUCGGCACCGUCAGGGUGAAUGGCCGGAUGGACUGGCCCAUGCUGGACUCGGCAGUCAGCCAGGCUUUUAAGGUGUACAUAGCCAAGGUGGACCCCACUUCUAGUCUGGGCCUGUCGACAGACUCCAUCUACAGUUACAGUAUGGGCCACAUCAAGAGAGUGCUGGGAGGAGAAUCUCCAGAGACGCAGCCCUCCCGCUGCAUGUCCCGAGGCCCCGGCAGCAUCACCGUGGCCCUGAAAGGGUUGAAGGAGAAGUGUGUGGACGGCCUGGUAUUCGAAACCCUCAUUCCCAAACCCAUGAUGCAACACUACAUCAGCCUGCUGCUCAAACACCGCCGUCUCAUCCUGUCUGGGCCGAGCGGGACGGGCAAGAGCUACCUCGCGUCCCGGCUGGCCGAGUACCUGGUGGACCGCAGCGCCCGCGAAGUCACCGACGGCAUCGUGGUCACUUUCAACAUGCACCGCCAGUCGUGCAAGGAUCUGCAGCUUCACCUUUCCAACCUGGCCAAUCGAAUCGAUCGGGAAACCGGCUCGUCGGAAGUGCCGCUCGUCAUUAUUCUGGACGACAUCCACGUGCCGGCGUCCAUCAGCGAACUGGUCAAUGGCGCCCUCACCUGCAAAUAUCACAAAUGCCCUUACAUUAUUGGAACAAGCAAUCAGCCGGUGAAGAUGAUUGCGAACCACGGCCUCCAUCUCAGCUUCAGGAUGGUGACCUUCUCCAACAAUGUGGAGCCAGCCAACGGCUUCCUGGUGCGCUACUUGCAUAGGAAGCUGAUGGAGUCGGAGGAUGAGAAAAACCUGACCAACGAGGACCUGAUCCAGGUGUUGGACUGGGUGCCCAAGCUGUGGUAUCAUCUGCACGCCUUCUUGGAGAAGCACAGCACGUCGGACUUCCUCAUUGGGCCUUGCUUCUUCCUGUCGUGUCCUGUCACGGUGGAGGAGUUCCGGUCGUGGUUCAUUGACCUCUGGAACCACUCCAUCAUUCCGUACCUGCAGGAGGGGGCCAAGGACGGCAUCAAGGUCCACGGCCAGAAGGCGGUGUGGGAGGACCCGGUGGAGUGGGUGCGGGGCACCCUGCCUUGGCCUUCAGCGCAGGAAGACCAGGCCAAGCUGUUCCACUUGCCUCCCCCCAGCAUCGGCUCCAGCAGCCCUGGUCAGCCCCUCGAGGAGAGGCCUCGCAAGGAGACUCCGCCCAGCUCCAUGGAAUCUGAUCCGCUGAUGGCGAUGCUUCUGAAACUUCAAGAGGCUGCCAAUUACAUUGAAUCCCCAGAAAGAGAAGACCCGAGUCUGCCUAAACUUUGAACACUUAACAAUUAGCACUUCAACUUGUCUUUGUUUUUUCGUCCACUGUGAUGACGCAGUGCUCAUUCAGGAACACAUUAUCCCUUUAGGGUAUAUGGGGUGAUUUAAGCCAUCAUUCCGGUAGGUUAAGAGUAUAACUAGGUCAUUACAAUAUAGAAACAGUUAGUUCAAAAUACAGUAUUUUCAAAAAGCCCAUAUUAUAUUACUUUAUUGUGUAUUUGACUGGAUGAUAUACCCUAUAUUUUAGAUUCCUUCACCACCACGUUAGCGCUCGGUACUCUUAGAUCGGUGCUAAAUGAUCACUAAGAAUCGUCUCAGCACUUCACACUUCAGGUGAUUUCUGCAACAGCACACGUGCAUCAUGGGAUAUGGAGUGCUUGUCAACGGGAGCUGUUCUCACUUAUGGUGACUCAUGGUGGGAAAAGAGUAUGACAGCAUGACAGACGCGACUAUUUAUUGCAACGUUCUUUGGUACAUAUCUACUGUAUAAGUCUUUCAAGGCCAAAUCUUAUACAUAUGCAAUACUUAACGUUACGACCUGAGCAGGUGAAACAAAUACAAUGCCUUAAGAACAAAGACGCAAACAUCAUCUCAACUUCAGCAGAGAACACUGGUGCUUUCAUCCACAUCACCCCAGCGGUGACGGUCAGGAGUCAGGUAUUUCUUCAGCUCUCCACAUUAUUUAUUUCAAUUCAUUUUAUUUUUUUAUUUUUUAUUUUUUCUACAAUAUCAAAUUAUAAAAUCUGAUAUAAUCAAGUAUCAGUAGAUGUUUUCACACACGUCUUCUUUAUAAUUUUUAUGACUUAUAAGUAAAAAAAUUAAAAAUUAAACUUGCUGUCAUACUCUUUCGCAUUAAAUCCACCCGAUGUCUAAGUGACGUGAGUUCAUCCCUUUGCUGCUGCACGGUUCCUUUUGUUCAGGUACUUAAUGUAGUCCCAUGACCUGCUCCAUGUGUCACCAGGUGUCACCAAUGUUGCCGUAUAUAUCAGGUAUUAUAUAUAUAUAACAUUACAAACACCCUAUGAUUUAGCAGAUUGAGCAAAAUACUAUUGGAACCCUUUUCAGAUUUUUCUUUUCUAGAACUUUUAUCUUGGAAAGUGUACAUGAUUUUAUGUUCUUUCCCCCCAGAUUCAGAGUAGCUACCGUAUAUAUUAUGUACAUGCAAUCAGGCUACGUCGCAGUUAUUUUAUCUAUAUUAGUUGGUGCAAAUAUCUAAUAUACUGAACCAAAUACUGGACUUUAAUAAUGCAUUUUGACUGUCUUGUUGUUUUAAGUUCAACGAUGAAUGUAUAGAAAACACUUAUAGGAAGCAACCAUUUAACAGUUUGAAUGCUUUUAAAGGAAGCCUUGUCCCGAAGCUCCACUGCAAAGCACAUUUAACGAAUUCUGAACAGAGGGACUUUGAAUCUACCUAUGCCCAGUUUCAUUCGCAACCUUUCACCAACAGAAUUUGCGAAAGAAAAAUCUCAUUCUCAUGCUUAUUAUCAUCAUUUAGGUACUUUUGGCGCUCUUUAAACACGUCCCGAACUAUAGACUUGCCGGGUAGGUUAGCAAAGAGUUGUGUGUCGUACGGUCGAACAGUCAAAAUAUCAAAGCAAUGGGAAAUAUCAUCUGGAAGAUCAUUUCCGAUAUUUUUAGGACGUGUUGUCAAAGAAAAUGUUAGUCAUUAACGUAGAGACGGUGAAGUCGUGCGGGGCAUUGUGUGGCGUACGCCCGUGUUAACGUCGUACGGUAUUCCUAUUUAAGAACACUUUGGAUACAAGACAGUGUUUUUUCUGAAGAUUAAAAAGCUAAAGAUGUAAACCCUCUCGGCGUAGCUGUUUGUGGAGACGCCCUCACAGAGUGAACGGCAUCCUAAGUGGUCGUGCAAAAGUGUCGUCGAAAUAAUUCACCCGUCCAUCCCAAGCCGCGUCGCUCCCCUCCACGUGGACAAAACUCCUGUAAAUGAAUGUCGGACCACGUUUUACGACCGCUCGAUAAGAAAGUUUGAACAUUUUAAAAUUGUAUCCGAGCCGCUUAUUGCAUCGCUAUCGCACCGCGUUGCAUAAGGCUGAUGACAAAACGCCACGCUAAUCCGCAGCUCUGAUUGGUCACGUGUACCCACACACACACACACACACACACAAGAUUUAGAGAAGAGCAAAAUGAUGCCAAAAUGUGAGAAUAAUGUGAGUUAUUGUAAAUAUUUCAGGUGUCGAAGUACCAACCCGUGGUCUGUUUCUGCAGGUCAACUCAAGCCAUCCGCUCCUCAUCUCACUCACUGGUUGUUGUGCCUGUUGCUCUGUAGUAGCUGUGACGUGUGUGUUUGCUUCCUAGUGUGUCUGGACUAUAAUGCAGCAACUUCUACUGGUGUUGGCACUCGGCGGGAGCUUUGUGUUGGCAGGUGAGCCUUAAAGAGAGGAGGAUGUGUUGAGAACAGGGUGUAUCGAUGUAGUGAAAGACAUGAAGCAGUUUGGAAGAUGUCGCAUGUGUUUUGUCCUUAUGAAUGGUCGGAAUAAGUGUAAACGUUUAAUUAUGAGCCUGAAAGGUGGUGAGAAUCAGCACUUCACUGUUUAAUUCCAUGUAGAAUCCGAGCAUAUGAAGAGAUGAAUCUGAUUUCUUUCGGCUAUGCUGAGUCGUCAUAUUUUUGCAAAGCUUGUUGUGGACUAAACUAAGAUUUAAAAACAAUGUUCUGCGGUAUCUAAUGUCACUGACGUGCACAUGUUAAGGGUUUCUAAGUGUUGUAAAUGCAUGUAAACUUGCUAUGUGACGAGAAGGAGAAAAAAAACGACGUUGACAACAAUGUAUUGUUUAGGAAAGUCAGCCCAGAUAAUGUUUUUUCCUUUUUAAUACUCCAAAUAUUUGAUAUUUCUUUUUUCUCUUUUUUCUAAAGAAUCCUUUGUAAAACUUAAUUUCUCUAUUUUGUACAGGACAUCAUUGUAAAGAUUGUAAAUAGGUCGGCAUUCUGGAUGAGGCAACAAUCAUUGAGGAGGGAACGCAAAGAAAUCAUCCUUGAGAGAAAAGGGAUGUUUCUUCAGAGUUGGGUCCAGUACAUGGAUACGGCAUGUUUCUGAAGGCUUUCAUCCACCUAUCACUGGUUGUUGGAAUCAAUAAAAUACAUGUUAUAUUUAU